AUGUCGUCCCCCAUCAGCAGGGCGCAGUCCCUCACGGCCGCCCGCCGGCUGCACGCCACGGCGCAGCAGCUCAAGCCCAUGGACGCGCUGGCCUCGACGGCGACCAGCUUCCCGACGACGCACGAGCCGAUCCCCGCGGCCGAGGUGCGCAACACGCCCUACUUCCUCGACAACAAGUUUGUCGAGUCCAAGACGGACCGCUUCAUCGACCUGCACGACCCGGCGACCAACAGCCUGGUGACGCGCGUGCCGCAGAUGACGCUGCCCGAGAUGCAGGCCGUCGUCGAGAGCUCCCAGCGGGCCUUCCAGGCGUGGAAGAACACGACGGUGCUGUUCCGCCAGCAGAUCAUGUUCCGCUACGUGCAGCUCAUCAAGGACAACUGGGACCGCCUGGCGGCGAGCAUCACGCUCGAGCAGGGCAAGACGUUUGCCGACGCAAAGGGCGACGUCCUGCGCGGCCUGCAGGUUGCCGAGGCCGCCAUUGGCGCGCCGGAGCUGCUCAAGGGCGAGGUGCUCGAGGUGUCCAAGGACAUGGAGACGCGGACGUAUCGCGAGCCGCUGGGCGUGACGGCGGCCAUUUGCCCUUUUAACUUCCCUGCCAUGAUUCCCCUGUGGUCCAUCCCCAUUGCCACCAUCACCGGCAACACCAUCAUCGUCAAGCCCUCGGAGCGCGACCCCGGUGCGGCCAUGAUCCUCGUCGAGCUGGCUGAAAAGGCCGGCUUCCCCCCCGGCGUCGUCAGCGUCAUCCACGGCGCCCACGACACGGUCAACUUCAUCCUCGACGAGCCCGCCAUCAAGGCCGUCAGCUUCGUCGGCGGCAACAAGGCCGGCGAGUACAUCUACUCGCGGGCCUCGGCCAACGGCAAGCGCGUGCAGGCCAACCUCGGGGCCAAGAACCACGCGGCCGUGCUGCCCGACUGCAACAAGAAUCACUUCAUCAACAGCGUCGUGGGCGCGGCCUUUGGCGCCGCCGGCCAGCGCUGCAUGGCCCUGAGCACGCUGGUCAUGGUCGGCGAGACCAAGGAGUGGCUGUCCGAGGUUGCGGAGCACGCCAGGGCGCUCAAGGUCGACGGCGGCUUCGAGGAGGGCGCCGACCUGGGCCCCGUCAUCUCGCCCCAGAGCAAGCAGCGCAUCGAGGGCCUCAUUGCCAGCGCCGAGCAGGAGGGCGCCACGAUCCUGCUCGACGGCCGCGGCUACAAGAACGAAAAGUACCCCAACGGCAACUUCAUCGGCCCGACCAUCAUCUCCGACGUGACGCCCGACAUGACGUGCUACAAGCAGGAGAUUUUCGGCCCCGUGCUGGUGUGCCUGAACGUCGAGACGAUUGACGACGCCAUCGAGCUCAUCAACAAGAACGAGUACGGCAACGGCGUGGCCAUCUUCACCAAGUCGGGCGCCACGGCCGAGACGUUCCGCAAGAACAUCGAGGCCGGCCAGGUGGGCAUCAACGUGCCCAUCCCCGUGCCGCUGCCCAUGUUUUCCUUUACCGGCAACAAGAAGUCGAUUGCGGGCGGCGGCGCCAACACGUUUUACGGGCGGCCCGGCAUCAACUUUUACACGCAGCUCAAGACGGUGACGGCGCUGUGGCAGAGCGCGGACGCGGUGGCCAAGAAGGCUGCCGUGCACAUGCCCACGCUGCAGUAG